GUCAAUAUCUUCCAGUGUAUAAUUGUCAACAUUUUAAUGAAUUAUGGCUCAACGAAUUCUUACGAAAUAUCCUAGAUCCAUUUACAAAGGAACAAAAGAAAUCAAGCAACAUUUCAAUUAUCUGCUUGUAAUGGAUUUUGAAUGUACUUGCAAAAAAUUUGAGAAAAUUGAACCUCAAGAAAUUAUCGAAUUUCCCUGUGCAGCAGUUUCUACAACAAGUUGGCAAAUAGAGAACGUGUUUCACGAGUAUAUUAAACCAAGAUUUCAUCCCCAACUUACUACAUUUUGCACAGAACUCACAGGAAUUAUACAAAGCAUGGUGGACAAUCAACUACAUUUCCCAGAAGUGUUUAAAAAAUUUUGUAAAUGGUUAGAAGAGAAUAAUUAUUUUAAAGAUGGAAAUGAUAGUGCAUUUGUCACAUGUGGUGAUUGGGAUCUCAAGCACAUGUUACCAUACCAAUGUAAACUAGACAAAGUGUCACUACCUGCACAGUUCUCAAAAUGGGUAAAUUUGAAAGGUAGUUUCUGCGAUGCAACAGAAUUUUAUCCACGGAGCUUAAUAGAUAUGCUUUCACAUUUUGACCUUCCUGUACAUGGAAGAAUACAUUCUGGCAUUAGUGAUGUAGAGAACAUGGUUAAGAUAAUACAAAAUUUAAACUCAAAAUACAAUUUUGAAUUUAAAAUAAAUAGUGCACAAACUGAUGUUUGGCAACAAUAUAUAAAACAUAGGUAG